CGCGCGCCCGCGCGGCGCGGGGCCGGGGGCGGGGCCUGGCGGCGGCGCGCGGCGGGCGCUUCACCUGCAGCCCAGAGCGGGCGCCGAGCGGCGGCGGCGGGAGCGGGGCGCGAGACCCCCCAGGCCGCCGGCACUGCGCAGCCCGGCCCGGCCCGGCCCGAGCGGGGCUGGCGGCGGCGAGGGGCGCCGCGGCCAUGAGGGCCGGCUCGCGGGUGCUGCUGGCGCUGCUCCUCCUCCUCCUCCCCGUGUGGGGCUCGGCGGCACACAAUGCGGAUCUUACAGUUAGACCCACAUGCAAGCCUGGCUUCUCAGAGGACGACUACACAGCACUUGUCUCCCAGAACAUCGUGGAAGGGCAGAAGUUACUCAAAGUAAAAUUUAAUAGCUGUGCCGGUAACAAGGGAAUUCGGUAUGAAACCAACAGCCUGGACUUCAAGGUGAGAGCGGAUGGGACCAUGUACGCCGUCCACCAGCUGCAGAUGCCCUCCAAGCAGAUGAUACUUAUCGUAACCGCGUGGGAUCCCCAGACGCGGGACAGAUGGGAAGCGAUCGUCAGGUUCCUGGUGGGAGAGAAACCGCAACACAGCGGACACAAGCAAAAAGGAAGGAAGAGCGUGCCUGGGGAGGGCGCCCAGCAGCAGAGCGACACCCUCUUGCCGUGGCGCCAGCACCAGAACGCCAACGGCCUCCGCCGGCAGAAGAGGGACUGGGUCAUCCCCCCCAUCAACGUGCCGGAAAACUCAAGAGGACCCUUUCCACAGCAGCUCGUUCGGAUUCGUUCGGAUAAGGAUAAAGAGAUCCAUAUCAGAUACAGCAUCACCGGCGUGGGGGCCGACCAGCCGCCGAUGGAGGUGUUCAGCAUUGACCCCGUGUCUGGCAGGAUGUACGUGACCCGUCCCAUGGACCGAGAAGAACGGGCUUCCUACCAUCUCCGAGCUCAUGCGGUGGAUAUGAAUGGGAACAAAGUGGAGAAUCCUAUUGACCUUUACAUCUAUGUGAUUGAUAUGAAUGACAACAGGCCGGAGUUUAUAAACCAGGUCUAUAAUGGAUCUGUUGAUGAAGGCUCUAAACCAGGUACCUACGUGAUGACAGUGACGGCGAAUGAUGCAGAUGAUAGCACUACAGCGAACGGGAUGGUGAGAUACCGAAUUGUGACUCAGACCCCGCAAAGCCCAUCGCAGAAUAUGUUCACCAUUAACAGUGAGACGGGAGACAUUGUCACAGUGGCUGCAGGCCUGGACAGAGAGAAAGUUCAGCAGUAUAUAGUCAUCGUUCAAGCCACAGAUAUGGAAGGAAAUCUUAACUAUGGUCUCUCAAACACGGCAACUGCAAUCAUUACGGUGACGGACGUGAACGACAACCCGCCCGAAUUCACUACCAGCACUUAUUCAGGGGAAGUUCCUGAAAACAGAGUGGAAGUUGUGGUAGCAAAUCUGACGGUGAUGGACCGGGACCAGCCUCACUCGCCCAACUGGAAUGCCGUCUACCGCAUUAUCAGCGGGGACCCCUCCGGCCACUUCACCAUUCGGACGGACCCCAUCACCAACGAAGGCAUGGUAACUGUCGUGAAGGCGGUUGAUUAUGAGAUGAACAGAGCUUUCAUGCUGACAGUGAUGGUAUCAAACCAAGCUCCACUGGCGAGCGGAAUCCAGAUGUCCUUCCAGUCUACAGCAGGAGUCACCAUCUCCGUUAUGGAUGUCAACGAAGCACCGUAUUUCCCAACGAACCACAAGUUAAUCAGGCUGGAGGAAGGGGUGCCUACGGGGACAGUCCUGACGACCUUUUCAGCUGUGGAUCCUGAUCGCUUCAUGCAGCAAGCAGUAAGAUACUCUAAGCUGUCAGAUCCUGCAAACUGGCUGAACAUUAAUGCCACAAAUGGUCAGAUCACUACUGCUGCUGUCCUUGAUCGAGAGUCAGACUACAUUAAGAAUAAUGUCUACGAGGCCACAUUCUUGGCGUCUGACAACGGUAUCCCCCCGGCAAGCGGCACUGGCACUCUCCAGAUCUACCUAAUCGACAUCAAUGAUAACGCUCCUGAGCUCCUGCCAAAGGAGGCACAGAUCUGUGAAAAGCCAAACCUGAAUGUCAUCAACAUAACUGCCGCAGAUGCUGACAUCGAUCCAAACGUCGGGCCUUUUGUCUUUGAGCUGCCAAGUGUGCCAUCUGCAGUGAGGAAGAACUGGACCAUAACGCGGCUAAAUGGCGAUUACGCCCAGCUUAGUUUACGAAUCAUGUACCUGGAAGCUGGCGUGUAUGAUGUCCCAAUCAUCGUGACGGACUCGGGAAACCCCCCCCUGUACAACACAUCCGUAAUUAAAGUGAAGGUGUGCCCUUGUGACGAGAACGGAGACUGCACCACCGUUGGGGCGGUAGCUGCAGCCGGACUGGGCACGGGUGCCAUCAUCGCCAUCUUGAUAUGCAUCAUUAUUUUACUCACCAUGGUCCUGCUCUUCGUGGUGUGGAUGAAGCGCCGGGAGAAGGAGCGCCACACCAAGCAGCUCCUGAUCGACCCCGAGGACGACGUCCGCGACAAUAUCCUCAAGUACGACGAGGAGGGAGGCGGCGAGGAGGACCAGGAUUACGAUUUAAGCCAGCUUCAGCAGCCGGAGACCAUGGAGCACGUGCUGAACAAGGCACCCGGCGUCAGAAGGGUAGACGAGAGACCCAUCGGUGCUGAACCGCAGUAUCCUGUAAGACCAGUAAUCCCGCAUCCCGGGGAUAUUGGUGACUUUAUUAACGAGGGCCUGCGGGCGGCGGACAACGACCCCACGGCCCCCCCCUACGACUCGCUGCUGGUGUUCGACUACGAGGGCAGCGGCUCCACCGCCGGCUCCGUCAGCUCCCUCAACUCCUCCAGCUCCGGGGACCAGGACUACGACUACCUUAACGACUGGGGGCCCCGCUUCAAGAAGCUGGCGGACAUGUACGGGGGAGGCGAGGAAGACUAAACUGACCUCACGUUAUUUAAAAAAAAAAAAAAAAGAACAAGAAGAAGAAGAAAAAAACGAUUUAAAGAAGAAAAGACCCACAGAUGACAACAGUAACAAAAAGAGCCGAUGCAGAAGCAGGAACUGUACAGAUGUGGCAGCUUUUUUAAUUAAUAUCCCCUGCUGACUGUAUUGUUAUUUUUAGUGGUGAUUUAGGAGGUUUCUUUUUUUUUUUCCUUUUUUUUCCUUUUUUAUUUCUUUUUUUAGAAUAUUGAGCUGUCUCGCAUGAACACUUGUCUCUGCUGCGUCUUUUUUUUUUUUUUCCUUUCUUUUUAAUGUCAGCUGGGAUAUUGCUCGUUUAUCUGCUUUAUGACUAAAGAGAGUGAAAGGCACUCUGUCUUAACUUGAAUUUCUUAGAACAGAAGCACUGUUUUUAAAAUAUAUAUAUAUAUAUAUUUGAAAGUGCCUUUUGGUGCAUGUAUCAGAUUCCCUUCAAUCUCAGGAGUGAUGAAAACAAGCAUACAACCAUCCUGGGCAGCACUCCCUGUGACCCUAAGCCAGUUCUAGCUGGGAAGGCGUUAACAAAAAGGAACUGUGGAGAUUGGUUCUUUUUUUCCUUUUUUUUUCCUUUUUUGUUUUGUGUUCUUUUUUUUAGGGGGUGACUUAUUUCGGGGUGGAGAGGACCGGGGUGGGGGGCGGGAGGGGAAGGUGUUUUGAGUCGAAAUCUUAACAGCCAUCUUGAAGCCUAAGCAGGUGGUGAACUUAGCCGUCACGUUGUACAUAAUUCAGUGUUAGCCGACGCAAACCAGCGACGGGGGCUCUGCCCCGACCCGCUCGCCCUCCACGUAGCCGCGUAGGACCGUAGCGUCGAGCCGGCGACACCCCAGCAGCCCUCGCCUCAACCCGUGAAGCCACCAACAGCCCUGUCCAUCCGUCCUCGCACUCGCGGUGGGUUCGGACCCGCCGCCGUGCCGCGGCGGAGACAGCGGCCGCUCACCUGGGGGGUCCCACGACCCCGAGGGAGCCCGCGACCCGGCGGCCCCGCGCUGUUUUCCCAGCAGAGCUGGCGUAGCCGGCCCCAGAGCGGUGCUAAGGGCAGGAGCGGGCUCUGCAUCAGCGCUUUGCCCUCCGUCACCGCGAGGGCUGGUCCGCGCUGAUGCCCUGCGGCGUUGGCAGCCCAAGCUCCCCGCCGGCACGCAGCUCGGCCCACGUGUCCCCUCCGUCCCUGGUGGGCCGGCGCUGCUGCCCGCAGCAGAUGCUUCUUGCGGCCGAGAGCUGCAGCCGGGGCCGGGUCGGUGUCUCGUGGUUGAUGCGCUCAAACAUUGCCAAGUCAGCAAGAGGCUUUGCGGCAUCCAGGCGUAACUCCACAUCAGUAUUAUAAAUGGUAGCAUACUACCUAGUUUAUAUGUAGGGUCAGUUUAACCAAUAACAAAUAGUUAUUAGCUUUUUUUAUUACAUUCUUCCUUUACUGAUUUGGACUAGUGGGUUUAUGUCUAAUGUUUGUAAAAUGAUUUAGACUGCAUGGAUGUGUAAUAUAAACCACAUUUAAUGGAUUAUGAGCCACUUAAUUAAUGUGCUAUGAAAUCUUGGAUUACCUGUGUUUUAUAUUCUGCAGACGAUUUUGCAGUGGGUUCGCUAAAAAUUGUAAAAGUGCUUAGAUAUAUUUUCAUUUAAAUCCAAGAAUGUGCACAGUAUUGGAAGGUGAUUAUCCAGGGGAUAAUCACGCUUUUUUGAUAUCUUGAUUAAUUCUCAAGUUGAAUGCUAAGAGUUAACGGGGGGGCGGGGGGGCCGGAGAGCGCAUGCACGCGAGAGAGCGCGAGUGAGAAGACGCGAGCGUGUGACCGUGAGUGGACGUUGUUCAGGAGGGUCGACUAGGCUGCAAGAUCGUCUCUAUAGAUUUUUGAAAUGCUCCUAGUGCAUUUUAUAUUUCAUUGUAUCAUAUUUUCUAUAAAAUGCAAUUUCUGUAAAUGAAUGAGCAUUUGAAAUGUGUCUUGUAUGAAGUGGAAUGUGGUAAAAGUCUGCCCGCGGGGUCUCAAACGUUGCUGGUACGUUAUUAAUUGCCGAGUACGCCGUCCGUCUCUCUGUCCUGGCCGGUCGGUCCGUCGGUGGGUCGGUCUGUCCGUUCGCGGUGCGGGGAGCAUCCGCGCUGCCCCGGGUUUCUCGAGGAAGCAGCGAGCGGUGGCAGAGCCUCGGCUGGCGGAGGGGAGCCGGGCGGCUGCUGGGAGGUGCCUGGCGAGCCGCCGCGUCCGAUGCCUUUCCAGGUGUCCAUUCCAUCGCGGGGAACCCGGUCGUCUUCGUGUCCCCACGUGCGCUUGGCUAGUCCGGUGGCAAAGCCCCGGUGGCUCUGUGCCCUCCUGCUCUCCUGGCCUUUGGUGUCUCCCGAGCCGUGGGCUCGGGCGCGUGACGACCGGGGCAGAGCGUCGCAGGAGCUGCUGGCCACGACCAAGCGGUGACUAGUAAAAAUGCUCUCAGUGCUUCUGGCGUUACGGUGGUGGCUGCGGAGGGACCCGCGCUCCGGCUGGCGGGAGCUGCUUCCUCCUGGCAGCGGAGGAGACACCCUCAGAGUUAAGCUGGUCCAGACAUUUCAGGUGUUUAAGAGCAUUUACGUAACCGAAGCCAAACAAAAACAUGUGCGUGAUCAAAAAUAAACGAGCCUGUUUCCAUCGGGGACUUUCCUCUGAAGCAGCGGGAACUUCUCUUGCCGUCCAGCCGUCCCAAGCCCCUUCGCCUGCCAUCCAGCCCGCUGGGCUCGCGUUUGAGGCUCCGUAGGGCUCUUGCCGGCACCCUCCCUCGGCCGGGCGUUCGGGCCCCGCGGCGCGGCGGCAGUCCCGCUGUCCAGGCUGCCGGCAGCAAGCAGGGAGCGUUGGGUGAAAGCAUUAAACGUAAGACACUAACUGAAGAGAUGGUGUCCGCACAUCGGCCCCUCCACUCACUGCAUGUUGUGUCCCCCGUGCCUCAACCCACCGCCAGCCGCCGCUGCCGCCGCGCCCAGCCCUGUCCAGGGGACGGGACGGGACGGGAUGCUCCCGGGGCGAGCGGCCGGCGGCCUCCCUACCUCCUAGACACCACAAAGGACCAUCCAUGUCUCAGUCCACCACCGUACCUACAGCCACGUGCAUGGCCUCGAGCCGUGGCCGGUGCUACCACCUGAGGAGCUGCAACAGUCGGCACCCGGUGUAGCCACUACGUAGCUUGUCAAUAGGAAGCGUCGGUCGAGGAAAUGCUUUGCACCGAAACGAGGAACCGCAGCAGGUUGCUUUCCCUUCCGUGGGGCACCGCAGGGCAGCGGCGUGCACCCGGCCGGGCCGGGGGGGCUCGGGGGUGGCCGGGCCCAAUGGACCACCGGGGAGGUGGCCUCGCCGCGCCGGGCGCCGGAGAGCAGCGAGGGUCCCGCAGGGGCGGCACGGCAUGGCACGGCACGCGGAGGCUGCGACUCCGUGCAGCCUCAAACGCGCGUUGAGAUAAAUACGGGGCUUUUAUUUGUGAUGUCUUUCGGAGCUCUUCAUUGUAAGUGUGAAAAAAAAUGGGGUUUUUUUUGGGGGUGGGGGGUGAUAUAUAGCGAUGAAUGCAUAUGUUUAAAAACAGCAACUACACCAUGUAGGUUUCUCCCAAGCAAAGUUAACUCAGUUUCCCGGGGAAAAUAAGUUAUCUCGAGUACACACAAAACCCAUCUGCACUUGCUCACCACCACGUGUACAUAAUGUAGUUAGUGCUUGAAGCUACCAGUCACCUAGGGGAAAAAAGCACCGCCACCGUAGAUAGGUAUAAUUGGAGCACUUUCUUUAUUUUUUUUAUUAUUAUGGUUUUGCAUGUUUCCUUUUCCGACGGAGAACCCGUGUAGCAGCCCGCAUGACUGUGGUUGUUCCUGGGACGACUUCUGGUGUCCUGCUGUGCUCACGCCGAAGCGCAAAAAGCAGUUUGCGCCCAUUAAACGAGUUCAAAAAUGAAAAACCCCUUUUUUUUGUAACCGUCGACAGCACAAAUAUUUUGUAUUGUUGUUUGUACCAUUUUUGUACCAAAAGCAAAAGAGGAAAAAAAAAAAAAGGGGGAAGAAAGUAAAUGUUUUCAAUGUGUUUUUAGUGCCGCUGCAAUCUUGGUUUCCAAACUGAGUAACAGCUUUGCUGAUUUAUUGUGUAUCAAAGCAGAACUGGCGCCCCGACGCCUGGCUCCGGUGUAAGAAAUAAAGUCCCCCUUUGGAAUAGUCUCAA